UUUGCUGACCAUUACACACUCUCUCCCUCUACUCGGUGGGUGCAAUCGAUCAGUACAGUAGAGGACUAAGCUGAGAAACAAAGGCAGCAAAAGAAAACAAAUGGAGUUCCAUUGUCCAUUGGUGGUAAGAUUAUGGUGGUCUUUUGUGUUGCUGAGUGUUGUUGCUAUGUUAUGUUGUGCUUCCGGGACCACUGUGCAUGUGGUGGGGUACAGCGCCCGGUGGGACGUGCCGCAAAAUGGUAACACCUCUUUCUAUCAAGAAUGGGCAAAUAGCCGCAGCUUUUGCGUAGGCGACAUUCUAAGCUUCAACUUCACAACAGGACACGAUGUGGCUCAGGUGCGGAAGGCAGAGUAUGAUGCAUGCACAGCCAAGAACCCCAUUAGCCCUGUCUUAGGUAAUGGCCCCGUCGAUGUCAAUCUCACUGCCUCAGGGGAGCACUACUUCCUCUGCAGUAUAGGCCGCCAUUGCAGCUUGGGUCAGCACGUGUCCAUAUCCGUGUCCCCUGCGCCUGGCGAAGGCCCCAUGAUAGCUCCCCCAACUCCCCCACCGAGUUCCCCAGCAUCAACACAUUCCUUUUCAGAAGCUAGAGUCUUUGCCUUUAUACUGCUCUCUUUUCUCGUUUACCUCUCAACUUAGUUAACUUACAAAUGGCCAUCAUAAUAUAUCAUUGAGAGGCGAUGUUUCCCCUUAUUUGGAUCCCCAGUUUGUGCAUGAGGUUGUAAUGUGUGCGUUGAGAGAGGCGAUUUUCCCCUUUGUUUUUUCCUAUGUAUUGAGGCUCUGGUGUUUGUGCUUGAGGCUCUAAUGUCUGCGAUGUUUUGAGAGAGUGAAAUCUUCCUUUUUG